CCUAGGUGUGAGCAGAUUAUUCAAAUAGGGCAACAAAGAAGUGGGGAUUGGAGGCUCGCCUUGGCGCACGGAGCUAUAUCACAGCGUUUACAGCCAGCAGCCAACGUCAUUUCAACUCAAGUCAUCAUCAGACGCUUUUCAGAGCCUGUGGGCGCCGCAGGCUCAAAGACACACACAUGAGCCAGUCAUUGACCAGAGAACAGACCAACGACCUGGGUACCCUGUCGUCCGAUACCGUUUUUUAGAGGACGCCUUGCCCAUCUGCCGUUGAGAGACCGCUGGAAAAAAGUGACUGGAACUUCCAUGAUGCUCGGUGCAGUUAAAAUGGAGGGACACGAACAUUCAGACUGGAGCGCCUAUUACGGAGAGCCCGAGUGUUACACAUCAGUUGGAAACAUGACCGCAGGACUGGGAAUGAACUCUAUGAACACCUAUAUGAGCAUGUCAGGCAUGACCACAACGGCCAACAUGACCGCCGGCUCCAUGAACAUGUCCUACGCGAACACGGGCAUGAGCCCCUCCAUGACCGGCAUGUCACCGGGCGCGGGGGCCAUGAACGGCAUGGGCGCGGGGAUGGCGUCCAUGGGCGCCGCGCUGAGCCCGAGUAUGAGCCCCAUGACCGCGCAGCCUCCGUCCAUGAACGCCUUAACGUCCUACAACAACAUGAACGCCAUGAGUCCCAUGUACGGACAGUCGAACAUCAACAGAUCCCGGGACCCGAAGACGUACCGGAGAAGCUACACGCACGCCAAGCCACCUUAUUCCUACAUCUCGCUCAUCACCAUGGCUAUCCAACAGUCGCCCAGCAAGAUGCUCACUCUGAGUGAGAUUUACCAGUGGAUCAUGGACCUUUUCCCGUUUUACCGUCAGAACCAGCAGCGCUGGCAGAACUCUAUCCGGCACUCCCUAUCUUUCAACGACUGUUUCCUCAAAGUGCCUCGAUCUCCGGAUAAGCCAGGCAAAGGUUCCUUCUGGACUCUUCACCCGGACUCGGGGAACAUGUUUGAGAACGGCUGCUAUCUGAGGAGGCAAAAGCGUUUUAAGUGCGACAAAAAGCUUUGCAAGGAGUCGGGCAGGAAGACCUCCGAAGGUGGAUCUAACAGCAGCUCCGAAAGCUGCAACGGCAACGAGUCGCCCCAUUCCAACUCGUCCUCCAACGACCCAAAGAGGUCCAUGUCAGACAUGAAGUCCGGCCAGGCGCUGAGCCCAGAGCACACGGCCUCGCCGACCUCGCAGGCGCAACACCUCCUGUCGCAGCACCACUCUGUCCUGGCGCACGACGCGCACCUGAAACCCGAACACCACUACUCCUUCAACCACCCGUUCUCCAUUAACAACCUAAUGUCUUCGGAACAGCAGCAUCACAAAAUGGACUUAAAGACCUACGAACAGGUGAUGCACUACUCCGGGUACGGUUCCCCCAUGACUGGGGCGCUGUCAAUGGGUUCAAUGGCGAGCAAAGCGGGCUUGGAUUCCUCGCCAAUACCCACCGACACGUCUUACUAUCAGGGUGUGUACUCUAGACCCAUCAUGAACUCCUCUUAAAUUUCACCCGCCGCACGUGGACUUUUCCAGAGAUUUGUACAUUUGUAAAAUGAGUUUGGGCACAUGCAUUCCAGUUUAUUUUUUUGAUGUUUCUCACUGAUUUAGUUGUCAGGUUUGUUUAGUAAUUAUUUUGUAAUGAAUUGUUAAUAUGUGACAAGAAACCUGCUGUUUUCAUGCUCACGCGGCGGCUUUUAAUACAGACCAAAAAUAACUAACUGUUGUAAAGUAAGGCUGAAGAGACCAGGGGCUGCUAAUUGAAUUUUAGAUGCAAUGUGGGAGACUGAAGUUCUUCAAUCGUUAGUGUAAUCCUUAUUUAUGGCUUGUAAAUGUGUAUUCUUGUAGU